AAGAAUCCCAGCGUCAACACCGCGUUUUUACCCGACAAGGCCCGAGACGAGCAAGCCCAGACAGAGCGACAACGACUGGAAAAAGAAUGGAAAACCAGGCAAGAACAAACCAAAAAAGAGAAAUUGGAAAUUACGUACAGUUACUGGGACGGGUCGGGGCAUCGGCGAGUAGUGGAAUGCCGCAAAGGCGACACCAUUGGAGAUUUUUUAGAACGUGUACGGGUGGACCUGUGUCGUGAAUUUCGGGAAUUGACUUCCAUUGCCGCAGACGCUCUCGUCUACGUCAAAGAAGAUUUAAUCAUUCCGCAAGAUCUGACCUUUUACGAUUUGAUUUUGACCAAAGCCCGAGGGAAGUCAGGCCCCCUUUUCCAUUUUGACGUACACGAUGAUGUACGGAUAGGGGCGAUCGAUGCGCGGGUAGAAAAGGACGAAUCCCAUCCCGGCAAGGUAGUGGAACGUCGGUGGUAUGAACGUAACAAGCAUAUUUUCCCUGCAUCGCGCUGGGAACUGUACGACCCAAGCAAAGAAUACGGUAACUACACCAUUGGCGACAAACGUUCGCGUAACAAUAAGACCUAG